AUGGACGUCCGGCUGUUUGCGGUGCUCUCCGGCAGAGCGCGCCCCGGCCGCAAGAUGGCGCCAUCCGUCUUGUUGACGCCUGCGUCGGACGUCGCGGCGUCGCUCGGCGUCGGCGUCGGCGUCGGCGUCGUCCCUAAUUGGCCGGCCGGCCCGCCGCCUCCCCCUGUCACCCCCGCCCGCCCCCGCGCCGUCGAGGGCUCCACCCUCUGGAGCCCGGCGCUGCCAACCGCCGCCGCCGCCGCCUCCGCAGCCAGCAACACGGGCCGGACCAACUUCACCAACAAGCAGCUCACCGAGCUCGAGAAGGAGUUCCACUUCAACAAGUACCUGACGCGGGCGCGGCGCAUCGAGAUCGCGUCCGCGCUCCAGCUCAACGAGACGCAGGUCAAGAUCUGGUUCCAGAACCGCCGCAUGAAGCAGAAGAAGCGGCUCAAGGAGGCGGCUGCCAGCGGCGGGCUGCUGGGCCAGGGGGCGGCGGGGGCGGCUGGGGUGGCGUCGGAGGCGGCCGCCGUGCUCAGCAGCGCCAGUAAUUCGCCCACCGCCGCCGGAGCCGCGCUCAGUGAGAACAGCCAGGAGUCCUUCUAAGGCAUGGGUAAUAAUUAUAGGAUGUACCAUCCAAAUAAA